CAAAGAGCCACAGCGAACAAAAGCCAUAUAUUGUAACGAAUUACUACCUAGCUAGUUAACCUGGUCUCUCCAGAGCAAGCUACCCGUUAGUCUUGAUCAGCUAGCUCUAGCUAGUAGUUAGCCAUGAAGGUAGAGCAGGACCUCCACAUGAGCCGGGGCGACGGCGAGACCAGCUACGCCGCCAACUCAAGGCUUCAAGAGAAGGCCAUCCUGAAGACGAGGCCGCUGCUUCACAAGGCCGUCGAGGAAGCUCACGCGUCGCUCUCCGGCCUCUCCCGCGCGCCUGCAGGCGGCAAGAUGGUGGUGGCCGACCUCGGCUGCUCGUCGGGGCCCAACACUCUCCUCGUCGUCUCCGAGGUGCUCAGCGCGGUGGCCAACCGCUCAUCAUGCGACCACAAGUCCUCGCUGGUGGCGGACGUCCAGUUCUUCCUCAACGACCUCCCCGGCAACGACUUCAACCUCGUGUUCCAGUCCCUCGAGCUGUUCAAGAAGCUCGCCGAGAUGGAGUUUGGGAAGGCUCUGCCUCCCUACUACAUUGCCGGCUUGCCGGGCUCUUUCUACACCAGGCUCUUCCCCGACCGCUCCGUCCACCUCUUCCACUCCUCCUACUGCCUCAUGUGGCGCUCCAAGGUGCCUGACAAGCUAGCGAGCGGUGAGGUGCUGAACGCGGGCAACAUGUACAUCUGGGAGACCACGCCGCCGUCGGUGGUCAAGCUGUACCAGAGGCAGUUCCAGGAGGACUUCUCGCAGUUCCUGGCGCUACGCCACGACGAGCUCGUCUCCGGCGGCCAGAUGGUGCUGACGUUCCUGGGCAGGAAGAACAGGGACGUGCUCCGCGGCGAAGUGAGCUACAUGUAUGGGCUUCUUGCCCAAGCUCUCCAGUCCCUAGUCCAAGAGGGACGUGUGGAGGAGGAGAAGCUGGACAGCUUCAACCUGCCGUUCUACUCGCCAUCGGUGGACGAAGUGAAGGCAGUGAUCAGGCAGAGCGGGCUGUUCGACAUAAGCCACAUCCAGCUCUUCGAAUCCAACUGGGAUCCACAGGACGACAGUGACGACGACGACGUGGCGACGCUGGACAGCGUUCGGAGCGGCGUCAACGUCGCCAGGUGCAUCAGGGCCGUGCUCGAGCCCCUCAUCGCUCGUCAUUUCGGGAGGUGCAUAGUGGACGACCUGUUCGACAUGUACGCGCGGAACGUAGCACAGCACCUCGAGCAGGUGAAGACCAAGUACCCUGUCAUUGUGCUCUCCUUGAAGGCAAGACGCUGAACCUAUCCGUUCGUCGGCUCGUGGUACACGAUGUUGCAUUUUAUAAGUAGCGUGCCAGUGUGUGUUGUUGGGGACCGAUUGAUCACCCAGCUGCUCUGCAAAUUGGGUCUGCCAUAGCCUUUGUCUAGCUUUGAGUCGUUUGUCGUUGUAAGUUAAAUGCGACGUGUGCGUGAGUCAGUAAAAGUAAAAUGAACUAGCCCACGCGAAUACGCGGGCAUGUAUCUUAAGUUGUGUUUAUAUGGGUAGAAAAUUAAUCUAAUUAUUUCUAUCUUGAUUGAAAAGUAUGAUUUCUCUAAAA